UUAAUAGGCGCGGCCAUGUUGGUCUGUAGUGAAUAAAAUUCAUUUAAUUAUUGCUUUUAGGAAAAUAAAAUUGACACAAUAUGCCCAAAUGCGACCUCAAAACGAGAUACAUCCCCGCGACAUUCGCCUGGACAUUACUGUUGGGCACGACGUCCCUGUUUUUUUAUUAUCCUUGCCAGUAUUAUCUCUACAAACACCCAUGGGUGCCAGCAUAUCAAGGUGUCAUAACAUUUUUUGUUUUGGCCAAUUUUACACUGGCCACUUUCAUGGACCCGGGGGUGAUACCAAAAGCCCCACCUGACGAAGACCGCGAGGACGACUUCCGCGCGCCGCUCUACCGCAGCGUGGAGAUAAACGGGAUAACCGUGCGCAUGAAGUGGUGCGUCACGUGCAAGUUCUACCGCCCGCCGCGGUGCUCGCACUGCUCUGUGUGCAAUCAUUGUAUAGAGACAUUCGACCACCACUGCCCAUGGGUGAACAACUGUAUAGGUCGACGGAACUAUAGGUUCUUCUUCUUCUUUCUAAUAUCGCUCUCAAUACACAUGCUGAGCAUAUUUGGCCUCAGUUUAUACUACAUUAUGAACAACAACAAAACAUUGACGCAGGUCGAGCCUAUAGUGUCAAUGGUGAUUAUGGGCAUAAUAGCGUUAUUAGCUAUACCCAUAUUCGGUCUGACCGGCUUCCACAUGGUGCUGGUGUCCCGGGGGCGCACCACGAACGAGCAGGUCACGGGCAAGUUCACGGGCGGGUACAACCCCUUCUCGAAGGGUUGCUGGUCCAACUGCUGUUACACGCAGUUUGGCCCGCAGUAUCCUAGCCUAGUCCGCCCAUCAAAGUACAUGUACAAGGGUGGGAAGAAGCGUCGCGACGGUACAUCAAGUAUGGGCGUGGCCACUAUAGCGGCCGGCGCCGCGCAGGUAAAGACGUACACCGCGGACAACGGCGCCGCGCACCGACCGCUGGGUGCACACGCGCAUUACAAUAAGCUAUCCCCCGGGCGGGAAGAGCACGAGGGCGAGAUGGAGGGCCCCGGGGCUUCGCAGUCGGCGGACUGUGAGCCCACGCCUCCGCCCCUGCAGCGGCGGGGCUCCUCCACGAACCUGUUCCCGGAGCCCCACCACCACCUGCCGCCAAGGCCUCACCACUAUCCGCGGCUCAGUCCGCUCUCGAGGAAUACUAGUCACGGCGGCACAACGACGUCCGGCUACCGCGUGGUGAUGGAGCCGCUGCGGUACGACGCGGGCGCCAACGGCGGCGCUCGGCCUUCGCCCACCAUGCAGCAGCGGAUCAAAGCGCUCGGCGUGCCCACGCCGCUCGCGCUCAGCAGCCCCGUGCGCAGGUCCAACCCCGGCACGCCCACGCAGCCGCGCCGGCCCGACUUCAUCGGCGUGCGCGCCUCGCCGCAGCGCCGCUUCCUGUCCGAGGGCGAGCUGCUGCGCGACGCGCCCGACGACAUCCGCGAGCUGGCCUCCUCGCCCCAGCGCGGCGGCUACCUGUGGGCCGAGCGGCCGCACGUGCCGCACGCGCCGCACGUGCCGCACCCGCACCACCCCGCGCCGUCCCCGCUGGCCCGCCGCCGCGCGCCGCACGUGCCGCACGCGCCGCACGUGCGGCCCGCGCGCCCGCUCUCGUUCGUGCGCGCGCUCGAGGUGCAGGAGCAGCUGGAGCGCGCGCCGCAGAGCGAGCCGCCCGACCGCGCCUCCGUGUACGACUGCAACUACGAGAUCUCCGUGUGAAGCCCGCCCCCGGCCCCGCCCCCGCCCGGUGUUAUUCCAAAGACUUACGCACAAUGAAACUCGACGCGGCCGCCGCGUCGGCGUUUCGCGAGAUCGUGCCAUACGACUCCGAGUUCCGAGCGAUUCUGAUGCGAAUGUCGAACUACGUGUAUGUAUAUUUGUGAGCGAUCCGUGAGGGUGGAUUCAGUUGUACAUAGCCCCCCUCCCCCCGCGUUGUGACUCAAAGAUGACAUAAUAAUUUUUACAGUAGAUCCGUUUAGAAUAGACUGUGUGUAUAUUGUAUUUAUAUUUAUUAAGUUCGUUUCGCUUCGACCGGUUGAAAUUAUGCGACGGCAUCGACUGAUUGUUUAGUUUGAUGCUAUAGAGUUUUGACUGACCUCGAGACGUCGUGCUUCGCGACGUUCUCUUCGUGGGUCAUAUUGGAGACAAAAUUGUCAAUGUACCCGCAUUAUACAAAGAGUCGAUUGUGACUAUGUGAAAGGUCUAUCUGACAAAGUUUGUAGAGGUCACUCGUCCACCAAUGAGGGAUCCUUUAAGAUAUGUGCCAAAUAUUCCGUAGCGAAGGUAGAUCAAAAUAAACGUUACUAGUUUAUUUUGAUACAUUUAAAAUUAAUCGAUGGAAAUUUUGAGAUAGAUGGCAAUUUUUUUAUUAAAUUUUAUUAUUUUCCUUACGAGUGCAUUUAACGAAAUCCAAUGAAUACAAAUUAACAAAUAGAAUUAAUUGUAAUAAUGAUUGAAUUUUUAUCUGACUUUUUGAGAUAUAUUUCAAACGGAAUCUUAAAAUUUUCUUAUUUUACUGAGUUGCUAGACGAAAUAUUUUAUUUUAUAUAGCAUGAAUGUUGUGCAAUAGAUAUAAGAUCUCAAAAGUACCGAAUUCUGUUAACGGCCCACGGUAAGUACUUAGGAUGUGUGACUUGAAUGUAGAUAUGAAUAAUGUCGAAAAAGAGAUAUAUGAUUAUUGUAAAAUUAAUGGUUUUAAAAAAAUAAUACUGUAAUGUCAAUAUUUUUCAGUUAAAUAUAUAAGAAUAGUAUUAUUUGCAUAUUAUUUUUCUACUAUAUAAAAAAGAAUGAGUGAGUUUUAUUACUUUUCAAUACCAUUAUGACAUUUUUUACCAUAGUGACGUAGACCGGUGUGGUUAAUAUUACAAUAGGUUGUAAAUAAGUAUAUUUAUAAAGAUUAUAUAAUUGUAACAAGUGAUUUAUGCUAUUGUAACUCGCUAGUGUACUAUUUGUUACUUUGAAGUGAAACGUAGACAAAGUUUUCUAUUGAUUGUUCAUAGCAUAGACUGUAUAUACAUUUAUUUAUAAUAGAGUACGAAAACGUACAAGGGAGGACGAAAUUAGAUAGGGAUCAGAAGUAUUACAUAUAUUAUCACUAUAUUUAUAUGCCUUGGUAAUGUAAAGCAAAAUCACCGUGUUAAAAGUGUCUAACGUUAAGUUUGUACAUAUUUAGUUUUAAGGCGAAACUUGUAAAUGUGUUUUCGUUAUGAAUGUUACUAUAUGUAAAAAUUGAUGACGUUUGUUUAUGGUGCGAGUAGACUUCCUUGUUUGACAUAUCAGUAGCGCGGUGUCAGUUAGCGUCGGUUCUAGUGUUGCCAUUCCAUAGCGAGUUUGUUUGAAUUAAGUAAAGUGCAUUGCAAUUAAGUUUUUAAACCAAAAUCGCCGGUUCGAUUUUUUUUAUGGUUGUAUGAUGUAACAUAAUGACACUGAGCUAUGACUUGAAAUUAUUUCUCUAUGCCCACAUUCCGUCUAUUCUUUUGUCUAUGCCACGCGAGUCACCGGGGUAAUGUAACAUAAAAGUUGCCACGCUUUACACCUCUUGAGUUUAUUCCGCUACACGCGAUUGUAACAACUCUUAACUUUGAUUAAUUAAUUCCAAAGAUUGUUAAUAUUAUUAUCACGUCUUAAUUGUACAUUUUUGUCUUCCGCAGUGUUUUGACCUCGCCUUGUGAUUAAAGUAAUAUUGGUGUAGACUUCGGCGUACUUAACUCUACGCAUUUGUUAUGUGUUAGCGAAAUUUACGGAAUGUCAUGUAAAUGGCGCUUAAAUAUAACUGACUCAAGCUAGUCUUGUGGGACAGACCGUCGAGUUACCAAGAAAUUAAAUGUUGGUUGUGUAGCACGGACGGUGUAUAAAUCAAACACUUGAACGAAAAAUAUGUCACUUAUAAUAUUUUUCAUUAUUGCACUUUAAACAAUAACCUAUAAACCUUAUAUAUAAAUUUUCAUCAAAAUCAUUGUUUAUAUUUGGUUGACUAACAAUAGAAGGCAAAAGAAAGUUGUAUAAUUUUUUUUUUUAUAUAUAUGGAUGACUAGAUACUGUCGCAAAACGUGCUAUGUAACACAAAAAGAUUGUCAGCGACGCGUCUGGACCCCAAUCAAAGGGCAUGUUGUAAAUCAUUAAAUGUUGAUUUAAUUAUAAAUGUUUCGUAUAGUAAGUUGUCCAUUUAAGUUACAGAUUAGGUUUAGUACCACGUUAUUUAAUAGCUCAAAGUGUGUUUGAAUGAACGAUUGGUUAUUGCUCUGUACCACACAGAUAAGACUAAUGUGUAUUAUAGUACCUCCUCAUAAAUCGUUAUUACCUAUGUGUACGUGACAGUGUUUUAUUUUUGUAUUUUGAUAAAAUUUGUGUAAAUAAUUUUCUUAUUUUAUUGAUAUUAAACUCAAUUAAUCAAGA